CUCAGUUUAGGUUAUCGAAUGCUUAUCAGCGUCGGGUCACGUGUUGGUUCUUCAACCUCGGCAGUAUCCAUUCCGAACGGGGAACCGAGCUGGUACGAUCAACGUUACUAUGAUUGUCGACAGUGCGACCUUGGGCUGUCGCCUUCACUUCCAACAACUUACCCACCCUUCCGCUCCGCUAUUCCAACGAUGAUUCAACGAUGAGUUCGACAAACUUUGCCGCUGCUCAGGAGAGGGUUCUGGAACGUCGCCGUCUCCGCGAAGCCGAAGCUCGCGCCAGGCUUGCGGAGCAGCAACGGGCCUCGCCGCUCAAUCAUCCCACCCUCCAAAGACUUCCUUACCCCCUGAACAAACUGCCCCAAUCUGCCUUCUCGUUAUGGAAUACUAUAAGAGGGCGCGAAGGCAUCAGGCCUGCUUAUCGUGUGGGUCAGGUUGAUGCCGAACUGCUGGAUGAAGAAUUACUGGGGCUGCUCAAAGGCCAGGUCGGAGACGCAUUAAAAUAUUUUGGGCCUCAAAUGCGCGAGGACUGGUCUCAUGAGAUCCAGUUUACUCUCCGUGCGAUUCUAUUCAAGCUCUCAAUAUGGGACCACAAUUCCUCUUAUGGUGCGGCAUUACAGAACCUGAAAUAUAUUGAUAGUCGCAGCAAAGGGCCUGUUUACUCGGCUCCAACGAAGUGGCAGAAAUCUUUGUAUGGGUUGCUUACUGUCGGUGGCCGCUACGCUUGGGGUAAGUGGGAAAGCUGGCUGAUCAACCAAGAGAGUGGCUACGAAGAACCAUCCCAAGAAGUGCGGAUGUUAGCACGUCUGACAGAUCUUGUCUCCGCAACCCAUUCGAUCGCUGCCUUCGUCUCUUUCCUUGUGUUCUUGGUGAAUGGCCGAUACCGAACCUUGGCCGACCGAAUACUUCGCAUGCGCCUUCUUCCACCAUCUGCACAAGCGAGUCGUGAAGUGUCAUUUGAAUAUCUUAAUCGUCAGCUGGUAUGGCACGCCAUUACGGAAUUCCUCCUCUUCCUGCUGCCGCUUGUUGGAAUUAGCCGGUGGCGUCGAUGGCUCUCCAGGCUGUGGCGGAAGACAUUAUCCACUCUUAAAGCCGGCAGCGAGGAUGACGAGCAGACUGGAAAGCAGGGGGAAUUGGCAUUCCUUCCAGAGAGGACCUGCGCUAUUUGUUAUAAAGACAACAACCCCACUUCCACGACAGAGGGCGAAGCAAUAGCCGCGUCAGCUUCAUCUGGCGGCAUCAUCGGAUCAGCCCAGACCGAUAUAACGAACCCCUACGAAACGAUACCUUGCGGCUGUAUGUACUGCUUUGUCUGUAUCGUGCAGAAGUUAGAAGGGGAAGAGGGGGAGGGCUGGGUCUGUCUACGCUGCGGCGAGAUUGUGAAGAAAUGCAAACCCUGGAAUGGCGAUGUGCUUGAAGAGACACGCCCGCAGUCAAGCUCGGGGAAGAUGGUGGGGUUUGCUGUAGAUGGAAGCGCCGGUCCCGAUGAUAGCACCGUGGAUGAACAGGAAGCUGAAGGCCACACUGGGAAGAAAAGCCCAUUACAGGAGUUAGCGUCGGACGAGGCGCUGCACCACUCGAGUCAAUGGUCCACCAUUGAGAAGGACUCAGUUGAAGAGGUGUAUGAUGGAGAAGUAGAGGCGGCUGGGUCAGCACAGUAGAGAUCUGACGCCUUACCUGGGUGCUGCCAAGGUAAAUUGCAUUGGCGGACGGCCAGAUUAUACCUGUUGCAGUUCCUUUGUAUUAUGCUUCCCCUUGAUAUGUGAUGACGACAUGUGUUGUUUAAAGUCAGCUCCCACUGGAAGAUACCCAGCAUGUCAUGUUCCUCUUGCCUGGGGCUCAUGAAUCAACGCAAUAAUAUAUUCAGUCUACUGCCUACUGC